UCUUAGAGCUAGGUGCCUGUUUCUGCUUAGUGAGCUGGUAACAGGAACCUGCUGCCUGAAAUCAGGUGGCCUAGGUACCUAAGGUGUUUCUAGGGGGAAUGAGUUGGGCAGUUGCCUUACUCCAUAGAAAAUGGUUAGAGGAGGAGAUGCUGCCCAACUAAUAACUUUUAGCCCUGUGGUUAGAGCACUCACAAGGUUCAAUUCCCUCCUCUCUGGCAGUGGAGGAGAAAGGAUUUGAAGGGGGAUCUCUUCUGACUCUUUUCUGAUUGUGGCAGUUUCUUGUCUGUGGUCUGCUGUCAGUAUGGUGGGGUGAGGGGAGCUGUGUGCAUUGCUUUUAUAAGUUCAUCUUGGUGGCAGAUGGGUCUGCUGUAGCCCGUGUCACAGGCACAGGGACAAGAGGUUCCUUCUUGCAAUCACAUCAGCACUCUUCUCCGGAGGAGCAUUUCUUUGAAGCUGUGUCUAACUGCAAGGCCUGGCAAUCCCUCCAGCCGCUCUUGGCUGCCUAGUGACUCUAGACAUAUGCCAGCCAUCCCCUUGCUCUUUCACUCCCCCGCACCUUGCUUGUUUCUGUGUAUUUAGGCUAUGACCUCUUCCAGGGAGGAACCGUGUCCUCCUGUGUGUUGGUACAGCAUGCAACACAAUGGGCUCCCAGUCCCAACUGGGGCCUUCUGUGCUAUCCCACAAUAUAAGGGAUAAAUAAUAGUAAUAAUUGUAUGUCAAGGAAUGAAAGACCUGAAGAAUCAAAUACUCCUGCAAUGAGCUCCAGAGAAAUACCUAUAUGCCAAUGAAUUAUAGAUUUCAGAAACUGAUUUCUGGGUGCCUGCUGUUUUACUGCAAGAAGGCAACAUGGUUCAGACACUUUGAAAUCUAGGGAUCAGAAGCAUUCUGUAGAUAUGGAGGUAGUAUAUAAUAAUAAUUUUCACAUACACACACACGUUUCUGUGGAACCCUACUUAAUUCAGCAAGGUGUGUGUAUGUGUGUUUGUACAAAGUAUCAUUAUUACUGCUACUUUCAUGGGAAGUUUUUAGAUCUGAAGUGAUAUAAUUUUUCAAACUAGUGCUAUGGAGUAUUGUCCUUGUGUAAUUAGUAAAUCAUUCUUUGCAGGAGCAACUCCACUGACUUCAGCGAGGCCAGAAUUUUACCCACAGUCUGCAUUUAGCACAUCCUGAUCUGUCCCCAUGUAUUAUAUGGAAAGCAGUGAUCUGUCUCUGCUGUCACCUCUCUCCAAGCCUUUUAGCAUGUUUGUAAAACAUGUUGAUGAUUCCCUCCAUGCUCUUUGGCCUGACAUUUUCCACUUUGUCAUUAUGAUUCCCCAGUACUGUUUGGUUGCUCAUCUGUGCCCCUGCGGACAGUUCAUUUCCCCUGGCCAACCCAUUGCUGCUUAAGAUGUGAGAAAUUGAUAAAACCUCCCAGUGUACAAUCCAGAGCAGGGCAAGGCAUUGUUUCAUAAGGAGAUAAGAUAGCCUCACGUCAUUGGGUGGGACCCAGAAGUGACCAAUGACAAUGGACAGCUGCCAAGUUCUGCUCUCCCCUUCCCCUUUAUAACUGAGGCUGUGAAGGCAAUCAUGACAGACCUGUCCGAGUUUCCAUUGUAAGAAGGCUGAUCUCCCAAACUCCAGCAACAAUGACUCUGACUCAAGCUGAGAAGGCUGCAGUAGUUGCCAUUUGGGGAAAGAUAGCUGCCCAAGCUGAUGCCCUUGGGACCGAGUCACUGGAGAGGCUUUUUUCAAGCUUCCCCCAGACCAAGACCUAUUUUCCUCAUUUCGAUCUCAGCCAAGGUUCUGCUCAGCUUCAUGACCAUGGCUCUAAGGUCCUGGGUGCUAUUGGUGAGGCUGUCAAGAACAUCGAUAACAUUACAGGUGCCUUGGCCACACUUAGCGAGCUGCAUGCUUACAUCCUCCGAGUCGAUCCAGUGAACUUCAAGCUGCUUUCCCAUUGCAUUCUGUGCUCCGUGGCUGCCCACUUUCCCAAUGACUUCACCCCAGAAGUCCAUGCUGCAUGGGACAAGUUCCUGUCCAAGAUUUCUUCAGUGCUGACUGAGAAGUAUCGAUAAACUGUCUCCUUGGAGUAUGAGGCCAUGGCAGCUAGGAGUGGAGUGCCCACCCCUCAUCAUGCACGCUUCAUGAAUCCCCACACAUGGGUUUUGUCCUUAACAAAAAGUCAAUAAAUAUGCCAAUUAG